GUUUUUCGUUUGUUUGUUUGCUUGUUUAUCAUUCCGGAAUUGGUCUCCAGCUGUGUCUCCCAUAUUGGCCGUUGCUCCCACGUGUGUAAAGUUUUUCCACAGCUGUCUCUGGUGAGUGGCAGAGAGGGAAAGUGAUUCGGCUCUGGAGCGAAUCAAAAGUGUUCUGGAGAGUGAGUGAUACAGGGCUGUAAAUACUCCGAAUGGUUAGAUUACAGCUCCCCGAAGAAAGGAAAGCGAUGCCUUUAAAAAAUUAUUGCAUCAUCAUUCUCUUAUUUUGGCAAAUCAGAUCCUGGGCAUCAGGCCCGUUCUUCAGAAAAGGCCCCAUUUUUCAGGCGUAAAAUACUGCAGUUUAUAUUCAAAUACUUUCUUUGUUCAUCUUCAUUUGGAACUUUUGCUUCUUUUAACCAAUGAGCCAUUUGUCUUGUCUGGGUAACAGCUGUGUAGCCUGUGGCAGUUACCAGCACUGAGUGUCACCAAAACCCCAGUGAAGGAAGCCUUUGGGAGAUGGAGUGGCUUCGCCAAACCUUGCUGCAUGGACCACAGAAUCAGGACAUAGAAACUCUCUCAGAGGCACAAACGCAAGGAACUGGAGCCCUGGGAAGGGAGUUCACUGGCCGGGGGUCGCUGCCUGUGCAUUAAGGGCUACAUUCAUUUACAUACUUAUGUUUCAUACCCACCUAUGCCACCUAUGCUAUGCCUGGUUUCAUCACACUUUUAGCCAACACUGAUUACAUCGUACAUUGGUGUGAACAUCUGAAUGUGUAGUGUUUGUGGCACCAUUGCAGCUUCUGCUGUCUGUCUCCUGCCCCCCACUGUCCUGGCACCAGCGCCAUUGCGGUCCCUGUCUUCCUCUGGUCCUCCUGCCCUCUGGGUCACAUUUUGUUGAUAUUAUUAGGCACUAUGAAGUUGAUUUAAAUUCCUGGAGAGUCCAUAGGUAGCUUUCCUCCAGAAUGUCCAGUCUUCUGUCUGGGUCUUGAGCUUUCUCAAAGGCCUGACAGUUGUUAUGAUGACUGACUCGAUCUGCUUUGUUGCUCAUCUUCCUCUUCCUCCUUUGCCAUCAACAUGAACCAGACAUUAUGGUCUUUUUCAGUGUGCUAGGUCUCCUAACUUUUACUUAUAAAUUAAUUUACUAAGUAGAUAUUCUUGUCCAGAAAGAGGUUCAAAGUGAGGCAGGUAAUACUUCCUAAGCACACAGCUGUCAAAGAGCCAGUUUAGGUACAAGAUCUUAUAAGCUGAGCUUCCAGUGAAUGGUCUGUAACAAGCGCUAAUUUGCUCUGGAACAUGAGGUGUUCAGUACCUUACAAACCAUUUCAUUACCAUAACAUGAGAAGAGCCAUUCAAGCCAAAACACUAGGAAGGCCAGAUUUCUAGUAGAUGAAUGAAAAAUUGAAGCACAUUCGGUAUUGCCGAGAGACCGUAACAAAGGAACUGCCAAUGAUGACAGAGAGAAAGUCAAUGGUCAGAUGAGCUAGUUAAGAUGUUUCUGGAAAAGACGAGGCUUGAGGUAUUUGGAGGGAUCACCAGGUGGAGUUGCUGACCAAAGAAUAUGUCCAAGACGCCUGGUUUUUUGUCCCUCAGGUGAAAUUUGUUGGUAUACUACAGUGAUUGACUUUCUACUUUACUCAUCACCACUGGGGGGUUAAUGUACUUUUGAGCCCUAAUUAAUGAUUUGGGUGCUCCCUGUGUUACAUCCGUUAUCCAUCUUCAAAAACUGCUUAUUCAGUACAGAAUACCUCCCUGGACACUUUCUGUAAAAAUCUGCCUUUGAAAUGCAGACAAGAGCCUUUUAAGUGAUUCCAGUUCACCGUGAUAAUUGGCACCAGGUUGCGAUAAGAGAUGGAAAAUAACCUUUCUUUUCAUAACACCAUUGUCUCCUAUUUUCAACUAUUUGGCUUUCCAAAAGAAUCAAGCCGGUGGUUAUUUCUCAAUACAAUGAACGCAAAGAUUGUACUUGUCUUGGCAGAAUUGGUCUUGCUAACUUGCCUCCUAAGAAUAAACUUGGGGCACAAUGAAUCAUGGGAUUUGUCUCAUUGACCAGGAUGCCACCGAUGUAGCCGUGAAAUUUGGGGCGGGACAAGAAAGACACCCAGGGAUUUUACUGUCCUCGUGUACUUGUGUUCUUAGUAUUGAAACUGGUGUUCGGCAAACGAAGAUGACAUAGAACAGGGACACGAGAACACCGGUACGGGGAACUACACGUAUUGAGAAAUAUUCUGUUGCCCUUCAUUUUUGGGUAGCGCAUUCUGACCUGCACACCUGGGCAGAGAGUUAUUCGCAGAUGUGAUGCCUUCUGUACAGUUCAGAACUCUUGUGAGGGUCACAGCUCUUCUGUUUCAUGGCCUCGAACUGCAAGCCGCUGCUUCCUCCCAUGCGAUCUUAUCCCCGGCUUUAGAAACAUUAUUGCUGAUGUAAUCGUUUUUCUCCGUUUUGAUUUACAGGAAUUUAAGACAUUGGCUCCAUUUGCUCAACCCUUCCCAAAUUCCUGUUCCUCCCUCGUCUGGCUUAAGCUUCUGUAAGGUAUCCAUUCACUACUGUGCCACAGUCAUGCCACCCCUCAUGCUGUCUUGCUCCUCACCUUUCAUCCUUAUGCUUGGAUUUCAUCUUCCACCUCUUACAUGGUACUGUCAUUUCAUAUACCCACCUCUACACCUUGACCUCCUUCAUCACCCACCAUACAGAGCCACACAUGGCACCACAGUCCAAAGCAGUGUUUCCCAGCUGAGUCCUUGACGACUCCCAGACAGUCCACGUUUUUGCUCCUACUGGGAGCUAGGAGGGAGCAAAAGGUGGACGAUCUAGGGGUCCCCGAUGACUGGGCUGGGAAACACUGGUCUAAGCGUUCAUGAAGCUUUCAUGAACUGCUUUUACAAACCUCUCACUGGCACUUUAUGAGCGUCAACAAUCCAUACAUUGAUAUUACUAAAAGGACUGCAAUGCGCCAAGCAACAUAGGUCAUCGUAAUUCUUGACUUUCUCAUAGCAUGCCUCGUGUCUCCUCGAACUGGGAAUCUUACCCUGCAUCACCAGCAUCACCGUAACUCAAAACAUAAAAAAAAUGCGUAGAUGUCAAAGGUACCUUCAGACUUUGUUCACUGCUCAUUAUAAGUAUCACACUUUUAGUAUUGAACUGAAACAUACACCCUCUUCACUUUGAUAAGCAUAGAUAAAUUAUGUCAACUUUGGUGACAUAAGCCACCGUUUUACAUACAAAUAUCAUCGUACCAUUUCUUCGAUAGCUCCUUUCUAAUAAUCGCCACACAUGGGUGGGUUUGUGAUUUCUGGGGCCCUCUGCCCCCUAGUGCACUGACUGUUUGUGGCCAGCAGGGGGCUUCCAAACCUCAGGGACCCCAUGCAAAUGCAUGGUUUGAGUGGUGAUAAAUAGCACAUCUGGCAUCACACUUUCACUGAUGUUGGCUUCUGUAUUCAUCAUCAGAGCACUAGAAAGGUCAGAGUCUUGCACAUGUUAAUCUCUCACUGACACAAACCAGUAUUUCAGGUUCAUCCCAUCAUGGUAGUAUGACAGUAGCAGGCACAUUUGCAUUCCCCUAAUGAUGGUGGCAGUAAUAUGCCAAGGCAGCUCACAGUCUUUGUGGGAGCCCAAUGGAUGCUCCAGUGGGCAGAUUUUAAUCCUCCAGUGAACAGUUAUCAGUCACAGAAGCGCAUGCUGCUCUGUCUGAAUGCUGAACUGAAUUCCUCACGCAGGCUUUGAGGAGGUCAGCUCUGGAAGCGCAUUUUAUAUCACUAGACACUAACUCUAGUACAGAAACCCGAAUAUCACUUGGAUGGUGAUUUUUUUCGAUGUCUUCACACACUGUCACUCCAUCUUGCCUAUAAAUUAAUGUUAGCAAAUCUCCUGGAAGUCUUUCAGCGAAAUAUUUUAUUCGUUCUGCUUUUCAUCUCGCAGUUAUGUGGGUCAAAAUAUCAAAUCUGUGUUCUUUGGUGAACCUGAUAACAAUUCAUGAUCAAACUUAGUUAUUCACCGAGAAUAUGAGAUGAUCUAUUGGUUACCUUAAUUGCUCAUUUUGUUUGCAUUAGUAGUCUUUUUAAAAAAGGGUUAGAGUUUGGAAAGUUAAGUCGUGAUUCAAGUUCAGAAAAGUUUUAAGCAUGGGUGACUUUGUGCGUGUGCGUGAGUGAGUGUGCAUGUGUGUGUGCAAUCAUAUGCAGGAGAUUAAAGACGUGACCAAAGGGCAGUUUAAUUUAGUGAUGAAUUGACAUUGAUAUUCAUACUCACACACUGUAAUAAAGAGACACAGCUGGACCUGUGCUUCAUAAUAACUUCCACUACGGACGACGGGAGAGAAACUUCCUUUCAAUGAGAUGUUCACCCCUAUAAUGCCACAAAUUAUUCAUACGGCUAAAAGAGCAUCUCGAUCUGUCCAGCUCUCUUCUUAGUAUCUUCUCCAUCUUCCAGUUUUCUCUGCAGAUGAAUCACAAUUUUAUUGAAAAAUAUCAAUACCCAAACACCUCUUUGUCAGUUAUUGCAAUCAACGUCACAUUUUAUACAUUAUAGAAUACCUAUUGCUUUACAUUUAUAAUGAAUUACCAAAAAAUGUUAAAAUCCUACUGUGAUCCUGUAAGGGAUAAGUGGAAUGUGUAUUGACCACAUCACAUAAUGGAAAUCAUCACAUUUUAGAAUUUCUCUGUCCAUCCAUCCAUCCACCCUCCCACCACAGCUUAUCCAGGAUCACAGGGCAGCAAUCUGAGCAGAAAUGCCCAGACCUCCCUCUCCCCAUCCACCUCCUCUAGAUCCUUUGAGGCGUUCCCAGGCUAGCAAUGAGAUGUAAUUUGUCCUGGGUCUGCCCUGGGGCCUCCUCCUGGUUGGACAUGCCCAAAGCACUUCCUAGAUAGAUGUCCAAAUCACCUCAGCUGGCUCCUUUCGAUGUGGAGGAGUAGCGACUCUGCUUUGAGCUCCUCCUGAAUGUCUGAGCUGCUCUCCCUCAGCCCUCCGGCGUAAUAAGGGGACGAUUCAUGGAGGAUUUCAGAACUUCCAUAUACAUUUAAACACCAUUAACAUUGAUAUUCGAUGUUCAACUAUAUGGUCAUCCGUGUACUAGGGUGACAUGCUUUUAGUAUCGUUUACUCAUUCUAGAUGACAGUCAGUUUUAAACUCUACAUUUAUUUGCACUUGAAGGAUAAAUUCUUGAUAAUGGAUGAAUAGAGGCAGUGAUAUAACAUAACAUAAAUUAACUCAAUGCCAGAUUUAAUUCUUUGUUAAAAAUACUCAAACCUUUAACUUUUUCCCCCCACACUUAGAUAUGUUUGGCAAUGCAUGCUAAGCGUUUAGUAGCGUUUAGUAUCUUUUCUGUUGUUUGGGUAUGAUUAUUCAUUAGGGACAUUAAACUAAGGUGAAUGCUCUGCUGCCUCAUUUCAGACAUCAAAGAUGACACAUGAAAUUCAUAGCUGUAACAGGACCUGUGACAGAGCCGUGAUUUCAAAAGUAUGACACAGGAAAUUCAUAGCUGUAACAGGACCUGUGACAGAGCCGUGAUUUCAAAAAUAUGACACAGGAAACUCAUAACUGUAACAGGACCUGUGACAGAGCCGUGAUUUCAAAAAUAUGACACAGGAAACUCAUAGCUGUAACAGGACCUGUGACAGAGCCGUGAUUUCAAAAAUAUGACACAGGAAAUUCAUAGCUGUAACAGGACCUGUGACAGAGCCGUGAUUUCAAAAAUAUGACACAGGAAAUUCAUAGCUGUAGCAGGACUUGGGACAGAGUGGUGAUAUCAGAAAUAUGACAGAUGAAACUCAUUGCGGGACCUGGGACAGGGCAGUGAUAUCAAAUAUAGGACACAUACAAUUCAGAGCCGUAGCGGGACCUCGGACAAAGUCGUAAUGUCAAAAAGCGUUUUUUUUUUUUUUUUUUUUUUUAAACGUUCAUAUGUUCUCCUGCUUCAUUCUGGAAGCCAAAUGAGAUCCGUUAAAAUUAGCACCAGCACCCAUCUCCGGGAAAGAGCCUCAGUAUUGGAAGAGAGUUUAUCAUCAUUCUUAGUCCUUUUGGUUUUCUUUCCAUAUCCCAGACUAGAGCUCUUCAAGGCACUGUGGAGGCAUGGAAGGUAACUCCUUCUGAGCUUCCCGCUCACCUCCAGUCAGCUGCUCUGCUGUUAUCUUCAAUAUUUCCCUCAAUUUGGGGGCCUCCAUACUAAAGUUUCUCACACUAAACUUACCACAAAAAUGCUGUGUAAUAAAUACCAAAAAAAGUACCAAAUAAAUAUUUUAAUCUCUUGACCGUUGAGUGGCCCAUAAGGGCUGUAUUACACAUCACUGAUAAUGCUGUGUUACCUAGCAAUUUCUGUCGAGUUUCAUGUGUUUUUUUUGUGAUGUGAACCUAAUUAUAAGUGAAGUUUAAAUGCCUCCGAAUGGUUUGAUGGAAUGUCUAAAUGUCACAGUGGGUGGAAACUUUAUUACGGGUAAUAGAAUUCGAAGCAGUCCUGGCUCUGGGAUGGUCUUCAAAGCUAUCUAUGCUCUGAAGAUUCAUUCUUUCUCCGGAGCCUCCUGGGCCUCACCUCCAGUAAGCCCCGGUCCUGCACAUGAGCUCUCAGCCUGGACCUGCCCACGUCCUGCUAGCCGGACUUCACGUCAUAGCUUCCCUGCUUGCAGUUUCCAUCAUAAACUGUAGAAGCUCAUCAGCAUGAGCGUUUUACCCGCAGUGGGGCUCCUUCUCGCUCCUGUUACCCUGCCUUUUACCUCUGGUUAUUUGCAGAGAAUGCAUUACGGAAAAGCCCAGCAUUGCUGAAUACUGAAAGUACAUGGCAGUGGUAAUUGGCAGAUGUGGCUUGCUGUUUUAACUGUCUUCUCGGGUAACAAGCAAGAAUGUAACAGCAUGGGCCUCUAUGUCAGCUUGCUGAACUCAAACGGUUUUCCCCUUCGAGCACGAUUGUCAUGCGUAACCCCCCCCCCCAUCUGUACCACAUACAGUUACCCUGGCGGUCAUUAAGCCAUGCUCAUUCACACAGAUUUGUUAUAUCUAUUGAAUUUGUCAUUACCGAAGUUCAUAAUUGGGGUUAACAAGACCAGUUGCUCUAGAGUAGAACGCUUGAAUAAAGCAUUUUAGCCUUUCGGAAUUACUAACAAAUAAGAGUCACAAUAUUUCAGUGUUAAUUGUACUGUAAUUUGUGGAGUGUAUAUUUUGGUCAUAUGACCUUUGCAGUGUUUUGUAAUAUUUAAGUAACGAUCCCUUAUAAGUUAUCAGGUGAGCUUUCAUAUGUGUACCCAGUUCAUGAUUACGCUUUAGUUUUACCACUUACAAAGAAUCCCUCAGGUUUUCCUAACAUACAACAUAACAGGAGCCUUAGAAUCCUGCUUGAAGCUCAUUUCCAUUGGCCUUAAUUCCAGCGCUUUGUUCUGGUUGAAUUUUGAUAGUUUUUUUUUUUUUUUAAAUUGGCCACACUGCAAUUAUAAAACACGGUGGGGGGGGGGGGGUAAUGACGUAAAUCAUCAGCACUCCCACUAUGAGAAUGCCAUUUGGCAUUGCGAGUGUAUCCUGUUGAAUCACAAUACAGUCGUCAGUAUAUCUCCCAGGCUACCAUUGCUCACAGGCGGCAGUGACUCUCACAAUCUGACACUUGCAACCGAGGGUGCAUAUUCACACAUAAGUAACACUAAAAACAUUUGUCUGACGUACGUUUUCCAUUCUGACUACUAAGUGGGAACGUGAGUGAGUAUUUUUGAGAAUAUGAGUGCGUUUCGGUGUCAUUCAAAUGAGUAUUUGCAUCUCAAUAUGUCUACAUGUGUAUGUGUUUUUGGCUAUGAAAAGAAAGUUCUCUGCUGUGCUGAUCUCUGGAUGCUUUCAGGACUGAAACUUAACCCUCCUCUUCUUCUUCACUGAAUAGAGGCCUCCAACGGCACUCGUGGUCAAGCUGAGGCAGGCCUGCCCAAACUCAGAUCUAUGCUCAGUGACAUUUUCAUUGAGAAACCAGGUGGGCUUUCUUAGGUUGGCCUCGAACUUGGAUGUAGAGCCUGAAGUUACCCUCAUAGAGGCCUACCCAGCUUUGAGCUUGGAUGUAGAGCCUGGAGUUACCCUCAUAGGGGCCUGCCCAGCUUUGAGCUUGGAUGUAGAGCCUGGAGUUACCGUCAUAGAGGCCUGCUCAGCUUUGAGCUUGGAUGUAGAGCCUGUAGUUACCCUCAUAGGGGCCUGCCCAGCUUUGAGCUUGGAUGUAGAGCCUGGAGUUACCCUCAUAGAGGCCUGCUCAGCUUUGAGCUUGGAUGUAGAGCCUGGAGUUACCCUCACAGGGGCCUGCUCAGCUUUGAGCUUGGAUGUAGAGCCUGCAGUUACCCUCAUAGGGGCCUGCUCAGCUUUGAGCUUGGAUGUAGAGCCUGCAGUUACCCUCAUAGGGGCCUGCUCAGCUUUGAGCUUGGAUGUAGAGCCUGCAGUUACCCUCAUAGGGGCCUGCCUUGAGUAGUCUUGAGCUUGCCUUGUAGGCAUAGCCGGUGCUGUGGAAGAGCCUCAGGACAUGUAGUAGUUUGUGGACAUUCCUCAUCAUCAUUUAUUUCAUCAAUAUGUCCUACUUGGUUCUUGAGAUUUUUCCUAGCUAAAGUUCUGUAAAUAUGUAAUGGUAUCACAAAUAGCAGUAAACCAUAUAUGUGUCUAUAUAUGGGAGUGACAGCUAGUCAAGGGAGCAGCAGACUGUCCACUGGCAUCCUCUUCCUCCUCCCUCCUAGUCAGUUGCCCUCACAUUGUUCCCUCAAGAACUUCUUGAGCUUCUAGAACUUCUUGCGGCCACUUCCCGACCCACUGAGGUGCCCACCCCAGUGCCAGCCCAAGGUGCCACCCUGACCGCCCCCACUCCCCCAGCUGUUUUUGAAGCAGAGAUUGAAGAGGAAGACGCUCGAUUCCUCCGCACAAUUCACGGUCGAUGUCUGUAAUUGUGAAACACGUUUCUCUUCAGGGCAGCAUAAACGGCAGAUUAAAGGUAUUUAUAUUUACUACUGUGCAAAGUUUUUCAAGAAGUUAUGUGUCUCAUUACACCACGCAAAUCAUGUCAUGUGGAAAACUCUUUAAACUAUAUGCUGUGCAAGUCUUAAGUUAAAGAGCACUAGGAAAUUCAGAGCUUUGCAGAUAUGUGUAGAUCCUCCUGCAGAGAGUGUGGAAAUGCAUUCCACUUAUUUACAUGGAUGAGGAUAGAUAAUAUAAGAACAGCACAAAAACUGCUACCAAUGCAAUGCAUUUGAUGUGUAAAAAGGUUAGGGGAUGUUACUGGAUCAGAUCAGAGAGAAAUGUUACUGCUUUUGUUUUCAAAACAUUGUUUUCUAUCUAUUGUGAAAAACGAUGUUUCUGAUUACUCUAGUCAGUGUAAUACCUGAAGCUGUGCAAUCACACGUCAGAGAGGCUGCAGAAUCUGAGGUCAAAGAAGACGAGAGAUCAGAAGACGGGAAACCUGAAGAAUCGGCAAUCAGAAAAGAGGAAGAAUCUGAAAUCAGAAAAUCCAAGGAAUUAGGAGACAAAAUAGCUGAGGAGGUAGAGGUCAGAAAAGCAGUGGAACCCAAAGGCAGAAUAUCUGAAGAGUCAGUGGGCAAACCAGCUGAUCAAUCAGAGGAUAGGAAAUCUGAAGAGUCAGUGGUCCGAAAGGUUUGGGAAGCAAGAACAUCUGAUGACUCUGGAGUCAAGAACGCAGAGAAAUUUGAAGAAAGAAAGGCUGAGGUGUUUGGAAACAGAAAAGCUGAGGAAUCAAAACCCAGGAGAUCAGAGGAAGUCAUUAAAGCUGAUGGGUUAGACAUUACAGGAUCUGAAAGAUCAGAGGGAAGAAAUGCUGAGAAAUCAGAAGCUGAGAUGUCGGAUAUCAGGGAGCCAGAGGAAUUAAAGGUCAGGGAAGCUGAGACACGGGUCACAAAAGCUCAGGAGUCAAGGGUCAGAGAAGCUGAAGGAUCAAGUAUCAGAGGUACAGCUGAACCAAAGGGCAGAGAAAAGGAAGAAUCAAGGUCUGAAGAUGAAGUACAAUCAAAGGGCAGUGAAGCUGAGGAAACAGCAGGGCGAAAAGUCAGCGAGUCGAAGAAAUUGAUGGUCAAAGGUGAGGAACCAAAGAUCAGCGGGGUAGAAGAAGACAGUGGCAGGGAAGCCAACGAAGGGACAGAGAAGCAAGACAUUAAGGCCGAAGACCAAAAUGACAGGAAGGAGGAAGUAAGAGAAGAAAAGGACUAUGGGGGAAAAGAGAACAAAAUCAAAGAAAGAGUCAUCGUAAAGCUUGACGCUGAGGAAAAAGAGAAGAAAACUGAGGAUGUGAAAAACGAAAUUCCCUCACUUAAAGAAGAAAUAAAGAGGAAAAAGAAAAAUCACGAAAAAACAGGGAUCCCACAGCUCUUGAUCACCGGGGGGUCCGGGAUCAGCCAGCGACUGGGCAUGAUAUUUGGCCAGUUUGAAGACUGCGAAUGCUACGGACACUCCAACCGCUGCAGCUACAUCGACUUUCUCAACAUCGUCACUUGCGUCAGCUGCAAGCACAACACUAGGGGGCAGAACUGCCAGCAUUGCCGCCUGGGAUACUUCCGGAACGCCUCUGCCGAGCUGGAUGACGAGAGCGUCUGCAUAGAGUGUAACUGUAACCAGAUUGGCUCCGUCCAUGACCGCUGCAAUGAGACAGGCUACUGUCAGUGCAAAGAGGGCUCCGCGGGGCAGAGGUGUGAGGACUGUCUCCCAGGCCACUACUGGAAGCAAGGCUGUUUCCCAAAUGUGUGUGACGACGAGCUGCUGCUCUGCCAGAACGGCGGCACCUGCUACGAAAACCAGAGGUGCAUCUGUCCCCCAGAAUUCAGGGGCGUACUGUGCGAGCGGCCGCGCUGCGACGGCGAGGACUGCGACGGCGCCUGCACCGCCUACCUCACCUCCGUCACCCUGCUUCUCUGCCUCCUGGCUACUCAGCUGCUGAAGUUAACUGCCUGCUGAGCCGCCACUGGGGGGCAGCCCCACGCCGCUCAAGGAGCGAGACUACAAACGGCGGAGGCACCGCCCAUCCAUUUCACAGUCUCGUUUAAUCCGGGGCGUCCGAGCCGCGCAGCCGAGUAGGUGUCGGUGGGGCCGCGGUCGGAAGGAAUAUCGCUGACUGCAUCACUUCCCUUAAAAAAAAAAGUGCUGAGGGAAUUUCGUACCAAAAACACUUAAAUAAGGAGAAAAAAAAAAUAAAUCAAAGCCUACAGAGAGGUACACAAUGAAUAUUUAAAGACAUUCUUCUUGACGUAGUUCUAAGUUUAUCUCCCACUUUACUGCACAUAUUUUGUUUUUUUAACCAAGAUGGGUCACAGCCGCUGCUGAAUCCUGGUUACACCUGAAGGCAGACGUGAUGUUUCCUCAUAAACUGGAGCUGUUUCGACUUUUCCUUCUUUUGCUGCAGUUUUGCCUCCUGCCAUCCAUUGUACUGACUUGAGAGAAGAAAAAAAAUGUUAAAUCUAAUAUUAUAAUAACAAAUAAAUAAAUAAAUGACUAGCCACUGUUCCCCUCUAGGAAUAGGGAUGUUUCUCCACAUCUUAAAGUGGUCAAACCUUCACAUGGUAUUUAAGAAGCAAACGCAGAGUAUAACGUAUCCAAAAGAAAACUACAAAUAAAUCUAAAGAAAAUGUUUUAUUAUAUAUUAACAUUGUUUGAAUAUUUUUUGUAGAAAUUAUUUUUCUUCCAGGUUAACAAAUUAAAAAAAAAUAAAAAACUA